GGAAUUUGUCGAAUGUGACGUCAGACGCUUCCCCAGUCUCGUUUUGCUGGCUGCGAAGGAAAGGAAAAAGCAAGCAACAAGAAGGAAGAGCAAUGGCGACAUUGGAUCGCCAACUACCAAGUCUGGAUACGUUCAUGUGCAAACCGUGGUCUAUCUUUACCGACGCAACUGAAUCACUCUACUCCGACAGCGCACUCAUUGCUGAAAAUCAAGGGAAACAUUUUUUGAACAAAAAGGAAGUGAUGAAACUAAACAGAGAAGAUAUGCACUUGUUUGGCCAGUUUCCCACUCAUGACGAAUUCUUGCUCGUCGUAUGCAAUGUCUGCGAACAAGUCAUCAAACCUCAGGGGUUCCUGACACAUUACGAGAGGAGACACGGCUCUCCCAGUGGCUCCAGGGCCCCUCUGGUUCCCAUGAAGCCCAAAGAGUCAGUGAGCCACAGUGGGUUGGAGGCGCUGCCGUUCCGCGUGCCCCGCGACUACCCCCACUCGCGCUUCAGCAAGGCCCCGCUCGCCGUUUACCCCCCCAAAGGAGCCCGCGCCAAGGCUUGUGUGUCCUUGCCUGUGGUGAGUUUGGAGAAGAUGCCCUGCUUUGGAAGGGCGGAGGGGAGCAACAUCAAAGUGUCCUCCAGCUCCGCGGCGCCCAGCACCUCCUCUUUCCCUUACUCUUCCUCCUCAUCUUCCGCCGCCUCCUCUCAGUCCCCGGCCGCCUCUCUCAAGUCAUCGCUUGCCUCCCACAAGCCCCAGGAGAAAUUUGUGAAUGGACGAGGGCCAGCCACGCCCCGCUCGACCACGCCCCCCUCGGCGCCUGAUGGGCGGCGUAGCCCCUCGCGUUCCCCGCUAGACAAACGGCCCACCCCCUCCCCCUCAGCUCAGGACAGGAGGCCCAGCGCGUCUCCCUCUCCGUCCUCAUUGGACAGGAGGCCCAGUGCCUCGCCCUCCCCAUCCUCAUUGGACAGGAGGCCCAGUGCCCCGCCCUCUCCCCUGGAGAGAAAGCACCAGAAUGGGACGAAAGGCACCCGGAACAAGAGAGUGUCAGGGAGGAUCUUCGAUCCUAAUAAACACUGUGGAGUUCUGGACCCAGAAACCAAAAGGCCCUGCACCCGAUCUCUCACUUGCAAGACUCACUCCCUGACCCAUCGGCGUGCUGUACCUGGGAGGAAGAAAAACUUUGACAUCCUCCUGGCCGAACACAAAGGACGAGCAAAGGAGAAGGAGGUUGGACAGAAACAGGAUACUCAGACAGGCGGCCAGCCCACCCAAUCGCACGACACUACUCCAAGCGGGCCUGCCCACUGCCCCAAUGGCAAAACCACUUCCACUUUGCGGCUACGUCUGGCAAACACACACAUCCACAGGUCUGUGGGCAGUCGGGGCGCUGUGAUGCUGAACUCCACCCCGGUGCCUGCCGCGGACCCUGUGCCACGCUGGCAGAGGGCAGCUGCGGAAAGCCGCCUGUCCAGUGAUGAGGGUGAGACGGAGGCGUCCGAGGACCUAGAGAAACCAGCCUGCCAUUACUCUCCGCGCCAUCCGGACCCAAUGAGUUGCUGUGCCUUCAACAGUAGGCUGAUGGGGAGAGGCCAUUAUGUGUUUGAUCGGCGCUGGGACAAGAUCCGACUGGUGUUGCACUCCAUGGUAGAGAAGCAUGUGAACUCUCAGAUGUGGAAGAAGGUACCCUUGGCAGCAGAGAGUUUUGCCAGCAACUCCCCCAGCCUAUCCGAUUCUUCCUCUUCUGGUUCGGGUGUUCUCUCCUCUCCCCUGUUUGCCUCUCCUGCUGUCCCUCUGUCUCUGGAGGGUGUCUCCGUCGUCUCCUACUCCACAGCCUUCCCCCAUAACGGAGGUGGGAUCUUCUGCAUCAGGGACCCCGACCCGCCGACUCCAGCGUCCUCCUCCUCCUCCUUGUCUUCUGCCAAACUGCCUCGGACUAAACCUGCAAAGUCCCCCAGGGCCCAGAGUGAGGGGCCGGGAACUAAGAGGCGCAAGGCCUCCGUGGGGAGCACCCCCCGGAAGAACGGAAACGGCUACCACCCACCCCCACCUCCUCCACCAACCCCUCAAGGCUCCUCCAUCAUCAGUAAUGGCACAGCCACCCUCUGCAUCAAGAGCAAGUCCCCUGGUCGGAUAGGGCAGGGACUCAAGGACUCUGGCAGGUACGCAAGUGGUGGGCAGGUGGGCGCAGGCAGCUCGCUCCCAGGCGACCACGCGCUUUCCACGCACAGCCCCGCGCUGUUUGGUGCCAUGGCAAUGGACUGCAGGAAGAGGAAGAGCUCGGGCUCUGGGGAAAAACCGGAGAAGGUGACCAAGACGGCAGGGCUGGAUGGCAUCUUCAGGAAGAGCGGCUUGAGCCUUCUGGCCCCGCUGCCCGAGUCGCCGCACAAUCCUCACCUUCGGCAGCCCAAGGUGCACCACUGACUUAAUGGAUCAUCAAAAGGAGAACAGGAUGAUGCUCAGCCCAAACAGACUGUUUACUCUACAGCCUCCAAGCCCUUCCUCUGCCUGUCUUACAGGGUUUACUGGAAUUGACUGAUAGACCAGAGCAGUAAAGCUGUGUGCCCAUCGUCUAUCGAAGGUUAGGUCCUCGUUGGUUGUCAGUGGAGCCCUGUGGGGGAGUCGGGCUGCACUGGCCGUCCUCAGAAAGAAAAUAAAUAAAUGGGGUCCCGUUGGUACUAAAAGUUCUCCCCGCAGCUGAACUGCACUUUCAGCCGCUACGCUACAAAGCUUGUGGGGUUCCCAUGGAUGCCGCAUAAAUGCCCGUCUACACGUGUACAGAUCAAGACUCUGAGGGAAAAAAAACUGUCAGCAGAGCGGACAUGCUUUGUUUCUUUUGACACCACUUUUGCCGCUGAACUUUUUGUUUGUUUGUUUGUUUGGCUCAUACCGCUAUUAUAUAGCAAUCCAUUUGAUGAUCUCGCCUUGCUGGAGAUGUUGGGACAAAAGAAAGGAUUGGAGAGGAGAGACGUGUCUUGUGCGUCAUCUGAUUUCUUCCGUGAGCUGUGACGAGCUUGAGGGACCCCUCACAUCAUGCCUGAAACCUUUCUACCAUGUACCGUAUUGCACAUGCGUGUACACGUACAUGGGUAUGUGUACACACACACACACACACACACACACACACACACACAUACACACACACAUACACACACACACACAGGCACACACAAAAAGGCUCUGGAAUGGAAAAAGCCUCUCCACCAUGCCUAUCUAAAGUGCACUUAAUUCUCUUCCCACCUGGACCAUAGAACAGGUGGCAGAGAGAACAACAUGAACUUUCAACCAAGGGAAUUCUUUACCGACACUGUUUGGCAAGAUUAUUUUUAACAGAAAUAGGAUAAAUUCAGGUUUUUUUUUUUUUUUUUCAAGUAUUUCAGUUAUGUCGCAAGCAUUGCAAGAAAACAAAAUGUCAGGACUUGCGCCUAAAUGGAAAACAACAUAAGGAAGUGUUGGAUUUUGUAUGAUAAUUUAUCAUUUCUUUAUUCAUUUUCUAACUGACUAGUGUAGGGCUUAAGAUGAGCAAAAGUAUAUUUGUAUGUCAUUUUAAAAGUUGAAAGUAUUAUUAUAGAGUUCGUAUUGUUGGAAAAAAAAAAGUGUACAUAUCUUUCUAUUAUUUUUUGUAUUUAUUAUUAAUGUAUAAAAAAUCCCACCUCCCUGCGUGUCACAAAUACUAAAAUCCCCAAAGAAAUCUAUCUUGCUUUCUUUUGCAAGAUACUUAUUUUUAAAAAUCCCACUGUCAUUUCAAAUGUCCCAUUGCUGUGUCACUCAGCUUUACCUAGUGGUUUAAAUCCAAUUAUAAUACUGCGGUUUGUAGGCAUGUGUAAUAAUGAAUCAUUAUUGGUUUAAGGCACAUGCACUCUAACUCAACCUUAUUCAUAUAUUUCCUUGGUGUGGAUUGAUUGGAUCAGCAUGAUCACCUUAAUAGUCAAUUUUAGUACUUGCCCCUUUGCACUUUGUCAUAUAUACCAGAAAUUUGAUCUGGUCUUAUUUAUAGAAAACAAGAUAUUUCAAACAUAUAUAUUAUAUAGAAAGACAAAUGUUUGUACAGUUUUUCGUUUUGUUUGUCUGAUCCCCCAGAUUAAAUAUUCUGUGUGAAUUUCACCCAUUGACAUGUCGGCGCUUACCUUUCUGCCUUGCUAAAGAGCUAGACUCACCGCACGCCAUGGCUGAAAGCUCAGCCUUCAAGCCUUUGUGAUCUCCAUGUAAAGUGCUUCCACUCCCAGACUCAGGUGAUGGAAGUAGAGUAGAGGGAGUUACUUUCCCAAAGUAAGCUCUUUGCGAUCAUGUUUUCAUCUUCAGAGCAUUGUGCUAAUCCUAUUGGCUCUUAUCUCUGAGACGUCAGUAUCAGCCUCCCAUAGAAACACUGAUUUGGAUAUAUGGAAUAUACUGAUAUUUCCUGCAGUCUUAUUUCUCUCAACAGGCACACAUAUACUGUCUGUCUCAUAAAAAGACCAAAGCAGAUAUGAGUUUUUAAAGUGAUUAAUUGUUAUGGUCAGGUGUUAUUUGACUCCACAGUCGUUUUGGUAGUUAGACAUCUUGGGUAUUUGUACCAUUCACCUCUUGGGCAGUUAAGUGUACUUGGGUAAUUAAAUGAGAGUAAAUUGAAUGUUCACAACUUCCUUUCUCUGCAAGCUGAUUUGUUGUGAUUCCUGUUUGCUAGCUGGGGUUGUGUCACCUGAAUAUGGAAAAUAAUUUUGUCCCUUAUGCACCUUUUUGAUCUACUUUGUAAACUUUGGUCUGGUAUUGUUCAGAAUGUCCCCUCUUUAUCUUCAGUUGAAGGCCUCUGAUUUCAGAGAUAUAUAAUAUAGACAGGCGUCUAAUAGUUUGUCUUUAGAAGUAUACGUUGGAAGAAAUGUAUAUUUGUUUGUAAUUAAAUGACAGUUAUACAUAUAGGCCAUGGUUCUGUGGCGUGUCCACUGUGAUAUAUAUUUAUAUUUUUAAUCAGCAUUCAUAUUCUUGAUCUAAUUAUCUAUUUGAGGAGCACAUCCACUCUUAGGACUUGCGCUUUUCAUAGUGCAAAUGGGACUUCAUUGAUAUUAGCAUUUGCAUGCCACUACACUUUUGUUUUCAAUUCCUUCCCCUCAAAACCUCUGUUUACUGUAGAUGUCUGAUCUGAUCUACCCAAGGCAUGAAAAAUCAAACAAGGUUAAAGGCCACAUUCAUUUCUGAACGGAUGAAUUGUUCUUGUCUGACACGUCUUCGGCUUCGCAGAGACCUUCUGAUCACCUCGAAAACCCAGCUCCAUCAGACAAAUUUAGGUUUAAUGUCAUGUAACUGUGUAUACUAAUUGUAUUAAAUUAUAUUACAUUUUAUACUGCCCUUUUGUUCAGUUGUGUAACUUGUACACAUUCUGUCCUUACUAAAUACAGUUAUACAGUUUUUUUUUUGUUUUUUUCAAAUGAUGAUGUUUAGUGAAUACUUUAUAUUGUUUUCCCCCAAAUCUGAUCUAGCCAUAUGAGCUGUUUUUUUUUCAAUGUAAGGCCUUAUUUUAUAUGGUCAUGUUAAUGCUAUCCAACUAAACUCAUUUGAGAAGGAGUUAAAAUAUUCAAUGUCUAAACCUCAGUGAAACAGUGUCCUGUAUGUGCUUUUUACUCUUUUUAUUCUUUUGGCCCAUGGCAUUUUCAAAAAUGGAAUAGAAUAUGUGUAUUUUCAGGGUUUGACAAUGUUUUGGAUUUCAACUGUUACAGAAAUACAUUUUUUUACCUGUC